AUGAUAGCUGCCCAUCAGAACAUGUCAGCUGCUCUGAGAUUGGGAGCCUCCAGCUCUUCACCUCGCAACUGGAAAGGAAUUGGAAUCUCCAUGCUAGUCGUCGCCAUGCUGGCGUCCGUGAUCAUUGUGGCUAUCCUGAUGCUCAGUCCAGAAGACCUCCCACCAGGCUUCCGCACCCCACUGUCUCUUGCUGACCUAGAGAGUGAUGAAUUCCAAACUCAUCACCCCCAGCUACACUGGCUGACAGAUGAUGUGCUGGUGGCGCUAAGUGACACAGGGACCACGGUGAAGUGGCACGUGCCCCAGAAGAACUACACCUUGUUAGUGGAGGACAGAGAUUUGCAUUUCUUGAGAGCCACGAAGUUCCAAGUGUCUCCUGACCUCCAAUUCCUGCUUUUGGCUUGUGAUGUACAGCCGGUUUUCCGCUACUCCUUCACCGCUCAGUACCUGAUCUACAACUUGGGCACCAGAGAAACCAGUCAUCUAGAUGUACCCAAGGCAGACUCCACACACCUGCAGUACGCAGCCUGGGGAGCCCGGGAUAACCAGCUGGUGUUUAUUCUAAAGAAUGACAUUUACUAUCAAGCCGACGUCUCUAGCAGGGCCAAGCGUAUCACCUCAUCUGGACACAAAGGGGCUGUUUUCAAUGGGAUCUCUGACUGGCUGUAUGAAGAGGAGAUCCUGCAGACAAGCAGCGCCCACUGGUGUUCACCUGAUGGUUUGCAGCUAGCCUAUCUUACCAUCAACGAUUCCCUGGUGCCCAGGAUGGAGCUGCCCCAGUUUCUGGGAGGAAACUACCCAACCAGCUGGCACUACCCCUACCCUAAGGCUGGCCAGCCCAUCCCGUCAGUUCAGCUCUUUGUGGUGAACCUGUCUAGGCCACAGCCACUUCGGAUACUGGAGUUGCUCCCUCCCGAACCCCUCCAGGGCAGAGAAUACUACAUCACUAUGGUAAAAUGGGUGGCGCAAUCCCGGCUAGCCGUGCAGUGGUUAAACAGGCCACAGAACAUGUCUGUGUUGAGCUUGUGUGAGGUGCCCACGGGGUCCUGCUCUGAGAAAUACAAAGUGACCUCAGAUGCUUGGGUGGACAUGCAGCAGGGGAGGCCAGUCUUUUCUGAAGAUGCCGAAACGCUCUUUCUGCCUGUGCCCGUGAAACAGGGAGCCCAAGGGGAAUUCCACCACGUCACCAUGCUUUCCACACAGCCCAGCCGCAAGGAAAGUAGUGUGCGCCUCCUGACCUCUGGAGACUGGGAUGUCAUCAAGAUCCUGGGGUACCGGGAGCACAGCAAGCAGCUGUAUUUCCUAAGUACCGAAGACAAUCCCUCCACAAGACACUUGUACAGCAUGGACCUGGAUGGCUCCUUCAGUCGCACCUGUGUGACCUGCGGCCUGCGACCAGGCUGUUCCUUCGUAGACAUCUCUUUCAGCCCCAGACUGGAACAUUUCAUACUGUUCUGCAAAGGGCCCGGAAUCCCUCAAGUCUCUGUUCACUCUACAGCUAACCCCCAUGAUUUUCUUCUCCUAGAAGAGAACCAACUCCUGAAAGAUAGCCUUAUGCAUAAGGAGACACCUCUAGUGGAAUUCCGGACCCUCCGGCUGGCCAGCUACGACCUGUCUGUGCGUGUGACCGUGCCACCUCCAAACCAAUGUGCCUUCUGUCCAUUGCUACUGAUCCUCCCAGAAACUCCAGGAAGCCAGCAGGCCACAGAGGAAUUCCAUCUCGACUGGGAUACUGCUCUCUCCAGCUCCAUGGGGGCUGUGGUAGUUCAAUUUGAUGGCCGAGGCUCUGGAAACCAAGGCCUCAAGCUCCUGCAUGAAGUCAACCGCCAACUGGGCUCCUUGGACAUAAAGGACCAUGUCGUUCUGAUGCAGUUGCUGCUGCAGCUUCCCUAUGUGGAUCGCAGGCGCACAGCAGUCUAUGGAAAGGCCUACGGGGGCUUUUUGGCACUUAAGCUCCUGGCUGUGGCAGGAGACCUUUUUAAAUGUGGAGCAGCUGUGGCACCCAUCACCAGCUUCCGCUUCCAUGCUGCUACUUUCUCUGAACGCUACUUAGGGAUGCCAGCCCGCGAGGAUGCAGCCUACACGGUGGCCUCUGUCCUGGAGGAAGCAAUCCGUCUCAAGGACAAGAACGUCUUGCUUGUGCAUGGAACUGGAGACGCCACAGUGCAUUUCCAACACACAGCUGAGCUUCUUAUCCAGAUGUUGGCUGCAGAGUCUAACUAUGCUACUCAGAUCUACCCAGAUGAAGGCCAUAUCUUUUUGGAUACCAACCAGCGCCACCUCCGCCAGACCCUUUCUUCCUUCUUUCGAGCCUGCUUUAAGGACAUAGAGCAGGAACACCUGAUAGCAGAGGAAGAUGACGACUCGUAGUGCUUUUCCAAUGAGGGAUGCUGAGAGUAAUUAAAUGCUGUGCUGUGACAGCCCUUGGCAGCAUUCAGUACAUCCCAAAGACCGGGGCCCUGUAUUCUUCACACUAUGCAAGCACACAAUUGGUGUGGAUCACAGAAAUGAGCAUCUUGAAAAGCUUGGUAUGGGACUUUUAAAAAAUGACUUGC